CGGCGAAAUCACUAGCCGCACACGCGAGCGGAGCCGGAGGAGGAGACGGAGCCGGCAGGAUCCACCACUGCUCCAGCUCUCUCCACUCUCACUCCCCGAUUCGCCGGCGAGCAGGCGGCGGCGGCGGAGCUCAAGGCUUCCUCUCCGCUCCGCAGGUACCAAGAUGAAGGUCAAGAUUCUUCAGUGGCAUUCGGUGGCUUCUUGGACAUGGGACGCCCAGGAUGAAACCUGUGGUAUAUGCAGGAUGGCAUUCGACGGCUGCUGCCCUGAUUGUAAGUUCCCCGGCGACGAUUGCCCGCUCAUCUGGGGCUCCUGCAACCACGCUUUCCAUCUCCACUGCAUACUCAAGUGGGUCAAUUCUCAAACAUCCACACCACUUUGCCCAAUGUGCCGUAGGGAGUGGCAAUUCAAGGGCUAAUGGCAUCUGAAAUUAUAUCACUAGUAUCUAGUUUGCAUGUUUCCUUGUAGAGAACUGCAGGAAAACUUUUCUGGAACUUAGAAAUGUUGUCUUCAAGUACUAUGUACUAAUAUUUUCUGCAAAUGCUGAUGGUCACAAUCUGCUAAGUGAAACUGUGAGCCAGUUUCAUAUCUGUAGUGUCCUUUUGGGAGUCUGAUCGAGCAAAUGAAUUGUUACAUUUGAAAGGCUGAAUAAUCUGAGGUUAUCACAAAUUUUCUCUUACUGUUUA